AUGAUGUCAGGUUUAAAUGCUAACAGGAUAAAACAUGAGAAAGUUCUAAAUGAAAUUGAUUGCCUCAAGGUUAUGUCUCUGUUGUUCCCUGCAUCACCCGAAUCAUUAAUCAAUUUAACAAUUCCGAUUUCGAUUGCAGUUCUCAUCUUUGACACGCUUCAUGCUCAUCCAAAUCAAACACACAUGCCACAAAUUGAAAAUAUAAACAGCUAUGAGAUCGAGAAAAAAUGCAUCUCAAACAUGGAAUUAAUAGCAACUGCUCCAAAACGUUCUCGUGAUCAUCUCAUUACCUCUCAUAACAAUGUGUGA